AUGAAAAAUAGAUUCCUACAACUUAAAUAAAAACUUAAUAAUUGGAAGUGGAUUGAAUGUCAAGUAACUCUCCACUCUCUAACUAAUUAACAAGAAUCCUAUCGUCUUCUUGAAACCAACUAUAAAAUUAUGUAAGAGUAAAAUUGUUGA